UUUCUUUUUCCCUUUUCUGCGUAAAUUUAAAGCACGAGAUUAACAGAAAAAUCAAAUAUUGAAGUGAAAUGAAUCCCGAGAAGUUAAAAAAGCUGCAGGCUCAAGCUGAGCUCGUCCGAAUUGGUGGAAAGGGCACCCCUCGUCGUAAAAAGAAGAUUGUUCACCAAACAGCAGCCACUGAUGACAAGAAAUUACAAUCAAGUCUUAAGAAGCUUGGUGUAAAUAACAUCCCGGGAAUCGAAGAAGUCAACUUAAUCAAGAACGACGGAUCAGUCAUUCACUUCAAUAAUCCGAAAACGCAGGCUUCACUUGCAAGCAACGUGUUUGCCAUCACGGGACAUGGCGAACAAAAGCAGAUUGCUGAACUUUUGCCUGGUAUUCUCACACAAUUGGGCUCUGAAGGCUUAUCUCACUUGAAACGUUUGGCAAAUAACGUUGUUGGCAGCAAGAUAUUGAGCUCAGUCCAAGAAGAAGGAAAGGAGGAAGAUAUCCCUGAUUUAGUUGAAAACUUCGAAAAUGUCGCCAAUUCAGAUGCAUCACCUGCAGCUCCUGACGCGCAAGAGAAGAAAGCUGAAGAAAUUGCAGCUAUGAUUGCGUCAAGUACAAUUGAAGACGCUGCAAAGACGACUGAUGACAAGAAAGAUACGAAAAAGGAAACGACACCAAAAAAAUCGAAUGAAAAGGGCGGAAAAAAGCAACAGGCAAAGGAUAAGAAAGCUUAAACUCGAACGCUUCUUUCAUCAACAUUUCUUUUUCAUAAUUAAUACUUCUUUGUCUCGCUCACACGUCACAGAACUCUUCAGUAGGUCGUUGCUUUUAUAAUUAAGGGUAAUCAACACCCUGGAAAAAAAGAAAACAUAAAAAAUCAAAUCGUAAAGAAAAUCUACUUGUAAACAUUUGAAUUUCGACUCUAAUAAGAAUAUUAAAGUCAUUUAAAGAACAAUAUUGUUGAAUUAAAAUACAGUUUUCAGAGCUUUUCAGAUAAUUUGUUUCUCUUUUCCCCGAAACUUUAUUUUUCUGACACUUGAUAAAUAUCAGUUGAUAUUAAAAUAUCAAA